AAUAAUGCACGAGAACCCAUCUAAAAUUCACUCAACUGCAAUGUUCAGUGUGUCAGUUUGUGAUCUGCGGGGUCAGUAAACGAGAAACUGACAAUCAACCCCGCCCUAUCUGCUUCCUCCUCUUGUCACGUGAUCUAAGAUAGACAGAAAGACGUAGGCAUUUAUCACUAUAUUAUCUUGUAACAAAUAUAUAAAUGCUUCAUUAGCCACGGACAUUUUCGGUUCUCAAAAUGUCGGAGAACAAAAACGAAAAUGUGUCCAAUUCAGUAUCCGAUGAAAACUUUUAUGACUUUAAAAUGCGAUUAAUGCGACCGUCUUCAAAGUUUUUGGAAUCUGGAUUUAGUGAAAGUAGUUUUGAAAACAAAAUAUGGAAGCACUCUUUUUUGUCUAGCGAAUUUCCUUCUAAUUGUAAAUAUGGAUCAAAAGUUUCGUUUGGAAUUGCAGCAAGACUCGAGAAUCCUUCAAACAGCAAACCAGUGGAAAACAAAGAAGAAGAAUUUGUAGAGACGAAGAAAAUCAAAUCGGAAAAAUUGGAAGAAAAAUCGAAGUCCUCUGCCGGAAAUGUGAAAAUUGAAAAUGAGAACAAAUAUACAGAUCCUGAGCAGAAACCUCCUUUUUCUUACGUAGCUUUGAUCGCUAUGGCGAUCAAAGAAUCGAGUGAAAAACGCCUAACGCUUAGUGGAAUAUACCAAUUUAUUAUCAACAAGUUUCCGUAUUACGAAAAAAAUAAGAAAGGUUGGCAGAACAGUAUUCGCCACAAUUUGAGCUUAAAUGAAUGCUUUGUAAAAGUUCCUCGUGAAGGUGGAGGGGAGAGAAAGGGAAAUUUCUGGACCCUGGACCCGGCAUUCGAGGACAUGUUUGAAAAAGGAAAUUAUCGCCGUCGCCGUAGAAUGAGGCGCCCAUACCGGGCGUCCCUUUCUCUGCCCAAGCCUUUGUUUGCCCCUGACAGCCACUGUGGACCAUACAAUCAGUUCUCCCUCUCCAAACCGUAUUUCUCUCCCCCGCCUUAUUCUCAGUAUUCUCAAUAUCAGGGAUGGGCACAAGCUUUGGCACACAAUUCGUCGCAAGCAGGGAUGGCCAGUGCUAUGAACCAAAUCGGCAACUAUAGUUCCUGCACCCAAGGACGGGUCCCUCCACCGGGCGCCUCUCUCACACAGUGUGGUUACAACGCAAUGCAGCAGGCCAUGCAGAUAUCCCCACCCCAUGCCCCAUCAUACACCCAGCUUAACGACUAUCCGGCGGUCCCCACCCCCGGGACGGGCUUCCCCUUCGCCUACAGACAACAGGGUGACACGCUAAAUCACAUGCAUUACUCGUACUGGACUGACAGGUAACUGUCAGAGAAGAUGUGGAAGAACAUCGAAUUAUUGAGACGCCAAGAACUGACAGACAUUUUAUUAAAAUUAAGCUAAUAUUGUACCAUUGUUGGGCAAUUAAUUUAUUUCAUAUGACUUGUUUGUACAAAAUAUAUACAUCAAAAUAUUUAAUUUGCCACUGAACACAUUUCAUGAUAAUAAAUUAUUGUAAUCAGCCUA